AUGUCUUCGGGACAAGCAUACCAAAUCCCCACACAACAAUCCAGCGCCUUCGCAACGGGCUACGUCGCAGGCGAGUCGUCGAGCGGCCCGACCGUGCAGUACGUGUGCGGCGAGUGCAACACGAAAGUGAGUCUGGCAAGAGGCGACGUCAUCCGCUGCAGCAUGUGCGGACACAGGGUGCUUUACAAGGAGAGAACGAAGCGGUAUGUGCUUAUUUACGCUAUG